UCGUGUCACAGCGACGUGCAGCCGUGGGGCGGGGAAGACGAGGCGGUGGUGGUGGUGGCGGCGGCGGUCGCGGCGGUCGCGGCGGCGGCGGCGGCGGCGGCGGCAGCACGGACACGGACGCAAUUUGGCUGGAGCGGAGGUGGUCGCGGUAGCGGCUGGAGCGGGCUCUGCCCCCCUCCCUCCUCCGCUCCCCCUCCUUCCCCCCCUCCCCUCCGAAGAGGCAGAGCCAGGCGCAGAGAGGCGGCGACAAGUUCCGGGGCUGCACAACUGUUUUGAGAGAACAUCCUCCCAGAAGAGGGAACAGAAGGAGAAACAUCUUUGCAAACAAGACCUUGGUAUCCCAUGAACGAAACAGCAGAUCUCGUAUCGGGGUGCAACUGUGCUCCGGAGCCAGUUACAAGGCUCAGAAAAGGUUACCAAUUUGAUGUUUCAGGAAAAGGUCAUAAUGACAGCCACCAAGGAGAAGAUAUGGAGCCCCUUUUAGUGGCAUCUGUUCCCUGUUCCCACUUCAAAAAAAAGUCUGAGGAGCAUGAGUGCAAUAAUGGACCAUCUCAGGAAGAUGAGGGGUUUAUGGGUAUGUCCCCCCUCUUACAAGCUCACCAUGCUAUGGAAAGAAUGGAGGAAUUUGUCUGUAAGGUAUGGGAAGGCCGAUGGAGGGUUAUUCCUCAUGAUGUACUGCCUGACUGGCUAAAAGACAACGAUUUCCUUUUGCAUGGGCACAGGCCUCCUAUGCCUUCUUUCCGGGCCUGUUUCAAGAGCAUCUUCAGAAUACACACAGAGACGGGCAACAUCUGGACGCACCUCUUAGGUUGUGUUUUCUUCCUAUGCCUGGGGAUCUUCUACAUGUUUCGUCCAAACAUCUCCUUUGUGGCUCCAUUACAAGAGAAAGUGGUCUUUGGGUUAUUCUUCCUGGGAGCCAUUCUCUGCCUUUCUUUCUCAUGGCUUUUCCACACUGUUUACUGCCACUCAGAAUCAGUCUCCCGGAUCUUCUCAAAACUGGAUUACUCUGGCAUUGCCCUCCUGAUCAUGGGAAGUUUUGUUCCUUGGCUUUAUUACUCCUUCUACUGUAAUCCACAGCCCUGCUUCAUCUACUUGAUUGUCAUCUGUGUGCUGGGGAUAGCAGCCAUCAUUGUCUCCCAGUGGGACAUGUUUGCCACCCCUCAGUAUCGGGGGGUGAGAGCAGGAGUGUUUCUGGGCUUGGGCCUAAGUGGAAUCAUUCCUACACUGCACUAUAUCUUUUCGGAGGGGUUCCUGAAGGCUGCCACCAUUGGACAGAUAGGCUGGCUGCUGCUCAUGGCCUGCUUGUACAUCACUGGAGCUGCACUCUAUGCUGCCCGGAUCCCAGAGCGCUUCUUCCCUGGAAAGUGUGACAUCUGGUUUCACUCCCAUCAGCUCUUUCACAUCUUUGUGGUUGCUGGGGCUUUUGUGCACUUCCAUGGUGUCUCAAACCUCCAGGAGUUCCGUUUCAUGAUUGGUGGGGGCUGCAGCGAGGAGGACGCACUGUAAAACCUGCCAGUGUCCCCGGACCAUAACCCAGAACCAGGGCCAGCAACAGCUGUGGUCCAUAUUGACUGGCUAUUGAUGCAAAACACCAGAAAGAGCCCCGCAACUUUGAAACCCAUCUGGGCAUCGAGGCUUCCCAGGGGCUGGACGUGGUACAUGAUAGAGAAGAGAAAACAAAAAUAAAUCAUACCUCAAAGGAUGGAGUGCAUCAAUUUGGAGAAAAGGAGAUACACACUCAAACUUAACUUAUUCUUAGGAAUCUACAGAUUGAGGGCCAUGGAGGACCCUUGGCAAACUGGCUUCUGUUCAAUGCCAUAUUUAUUUGUAGAAGAUGGGGGCAUCUUAGUUGGCUGUUCUUCUUUUUCCCUUCUCUGUUGCUUCUCUCUUCUCUUCUCUUCUCUUCUCUUCUCUUCUCUUCUCUUCUCUUCUCUUCUCUUCUCUUCUCUUCUCUUCUCUUCUCUUCUCUUCUCUUCUCUACUCUUCUCUUCUCUUCUCUCCUCUUCUCUCUCCCCUUUUCUCCCCUCCUCCCCUCUCUUUUUUAAAAAAUCAACCACAAUUUGGGGUAAACAUUUAUAUCUUGCUAAGGGGAAGGGGUGUGAUUUUAGAUGCUCUUUUGGGAAAACAAAGAAAUUAAUGUAAAUAAGAUUUCUAACUUUCUGUUUAAAAAAGAAUUUAUAUAAAUGUUUAAAACAGGGGGUGGGGUAGGGGAAUUUUUGUAAAGAAUGAAACAUGCAAGUACCACACACUGUUUCAAUUUUGCACAAAGGAGGCUGUAGGUGCGACCCCUAUUAUAGUAAUGCAUUGGUGGUAUCAAGGUGCCUCUCCAAAGGCUUGAAUACCUUGGGCUAUAUUGGUACAGAGGCUAUGGCAGGCCCAGCCCAGUGUCUAGUGACUACUCUUAUCCCUGGGAUUCUUGGGGCAGUGAACUAGAGGGUUACUGUAUGUGUCUUUUUAGUGAGAGCAACAUAUAAAUGGACAAGAUAGUGUGGAAAGGUCCACAAGUACCCUUCUGCACAAAGUCUGGGUGCUUUUGUGGGAUCUUGCUUUCUUGUCUUAGCAGGUGCUGUUAGUGACAUUCCUAAGAACUAGAAUCACCUCUUUGAGAAAAAGUGUUUAGGUCUGUACUCAGGCAAUCCAUGCAGGGGAUACACGCUGUAGGAGAUGAUGGGGAAGAAAAGCUUUCAAUUUAGCACUGGGGCAAUGUGAGUACUUUGCUGGCAGCUUAUCUGAUUUUUGUGGUAUUGUUUAUCUUUGGAUGGUGAGCUGCAUCAGUUUCCUAUAUCCUUUCUCUGGGAGCUCUGUGACACUUAAAAACCUCUGUGUUGAAAUCACCGCUCUAAUUCUACCUUUCUUCCCACUGAGAGAGUGAAUACUUCUCCCUGGUGUCUUGGUUGAUAGAAUAAAGACAGCCAUCAAAACCAGGAUUCAUUUUGUCCUGGUGCCUCUUAAAUUCAUUUACAUAGAUUGUGAAUACCCUUCAAUUUGUAAAGAUGGUUUUUUAAUCUUUGGCAUACUCACUUCCUGAGCCCUUUUCUUGAAGAGGAAAAUCAGCCAUACCAUCUUAAAUCCAAAUUUAAUACCCACUUUCCCUUUUUGGGGAACAACCUGGUCCCCUUUCUGCAACACUUGUUAAACGUCUGUCUUUCGGGGAUUAUAAGAGGAAGCUUGCUAGGGAGAUUGUAUAGGAUCCUUGGGAUAAUGUCCUAAAAAAGCAAUUUGAAAUAGAAAAAAAAAAUUAUUUAUGACUCCUGUUCUGGCAGAGAGAGUGGGUGAAGUUCUAAGAAACUGCAGCUUCAGUUUUAAGUAAAUUCUGAAGUGGCUUGUUUAACAGGUAGAAACCUUAAAUUACUUGUAAACUUGGGAUCAUGGGUAUUGGAACCAAAUGAUGAGGCAGCAAGCAUAACAGCUAGCUACUGUAUUAAUGUUCAAUGAAACAAGAAAGACUCAUUUGGUAGAAAGUUUUUUUUUUCUGUGUACUUUUGCUCUCUUCUCCCCUUCUGACUCCUGGAUCUCUGAAGAUGCCUUAUGUAAAGUGAGCAGAAACUAGAGGCCAAGGAGAAUGGAUCCGUGGUAGAACCUGGGAGAAGAUUAAAAGUAUUUGGUUCUGAUUGAAGUCAUUGCCCUGGGCACCACCAGGACUGAGCACAGAAAGCUCAGGUGAAUGGCAUACAUCCUGAGGGGAUGAAGAGCAGUAUUAAUCCCUCUGAGGAAGUGGGGUCCAUCAGGACAAGAGCCACCUGAGAGGAAGCUUAUUCAGUUCCACAGAAGCAACAGUUAGUAACAGAAGCCCAAUUAAUUUUUCUGUAAUGCACUUUGGGUUACAGUAUAAUAGGUCCCUGUAUCACAUAAUCACUGGUGCCAGUCACCCUGUGCACCUUAAAGGAGGGAGGUGAGCCUGGUCUGAUAGAGCACAAACCCCUGGGGAAAAAAAUUAAAACUCUACCUAUCCUCAAUCCAGUGGAAGCUCUCCCUCUUUAGGGUGUGUAUGUAUGUGUUCUGUGUGCGCGCACAUGCGUGCGUGUGUGUGUGUGUGUGUGUGUGUUUGUAUAUUACCAAGAGCCUCCCUGUGCAUUUUGUUCUACUGUGCUAGCUGAGAACUCUCACCAGGUUGGCACCUGAAUGCCUUACUCUCAGCGAUCAGAGGCUUCCUUGCUCUGUGUGAAUUUUUAUUUAAUUUUCUUUUGGUCAUAGGUUAGGACCUCUAUGGUGUCUUUCUUUUCCCCAUUUAAUAGUGGCCUUGUUCAGUAUGUCCUUCCCCCCCUUGCCCCCCAAAUUACUGAAGCCACAAAGCACAUUCUUGGGGAUCAUGGAGGGUUGGGGUUCCAGAACGGCAUCUGUGAUAUUUCCAUUCACCAUGGGAUCUCUCAACUUGCUGUAUUCUUAAUUUCUGCUAAUAAAAGAAUAAAAUGAAAAUUGAGUCAA